AGGCAAUCGUCCAGUACGGUUGUGUUUUUACAUUACCCAAGUUAGUGUCUGUGAUCUAAAGGAAUUAUUUUAUAUAAAAUAAAUAUUUCGUAGAUAGCUAACGAUAAACGUUUAAUCCAAUCAUGCUCCAGUACUGCGUUAUAGUCAUCUUCAUCGCUCUUGUCCCAGAAGCGCAUCCCUUCAAAUCGAACUCCUCUAUUAUCAUCUACCACCUCGUCGAUGAAUUCAGCGGCUUCAUCCUGUCGGAGCUGAAGCAUAUGGUAACCUGGCCCUCCGGGAACCAUUUCCUCGGCCCAGUCUACAGCUUCGCCAUCCACGAAAGGUAUUGUGCCGACUUCUCCACCUUGACGAUUGUGGAAGAACCAAGAAUCAACGCCACAUAUCAUAAGACUACGGGUACGAUGGUCUACCAUUGCGACGUAGUCCUUGGAUUAAGCAUCCUCCACUUCGGCUUCAUACUGGAUCUGAACAUCGUUGGCCAGCCCUGGGAGAGCUCUGAUGUGAGAAUAAACGCUAACGAUAACGCUUGGGAGGUGUCCUUCGACGUCCACGUCAACGAGGAUGGGUUCUGCAAGGUCUAUUUCGUGGACAGUGCGAUACUCUACUUGGGCAAUUACGAAAUUGCCAUCGAGCCUCAGAACCACUUUAUAAGGCGGUGGGUGCUCUGGAUGCUAACUCGUGGAAUCGUUUGGACCUACCAUGACAUCUGGAACGAAAUGCUAAAAGGAACCGUUCGUGAAGAGUUUAAGUCUCCGGGGGUCAUCGAAGUGAUUUGCAAGGCUUUUACCUCAAGGAAUCCCUAGCACUGUAACAUAAGAUUCCCUAAUCUGUGUGUAAUAUAUCGUUUAAAUAAUAAAUAUUUUUUUAAUAAUAAAUUAUAUCGAUGAAUAAUAAUUUUUUUAACAUAAAUAUACUUUAUUUUCAGAAAUUUAAUUCAACAAAAAGUAAUUAAAAAUUGAAUUUGUUUACAUUUCUGAUAUAUUUAGGAAUCACAAUCAUUUUUAUAUAUUUUAUAUUAAAAGUUUUAAGAUUAUGUAUCUACUGAACAGUUUCAAACUGUAAAGUAUUUUAAAAUAUAAAAGCUAAAUUAUUAUGAAAAGU